CAAAUUACUACGCAGUCAAGUUCCCCUCGAGCAUUACAAAUUACCCCCUCAAACUUCCCCUUUACUAUGCCUAUAAAAUGGGUUCCCUCCAGUUUCUUCUUCUCCCACUGUAUUCUGAUCUUCGACCACAAUGGCCAACACUAUCAACCUGAAGUACUUGCCCAACCUCACUCAUCACGUCGAGAGCCGUCUUCACGACUACGUUGUUGAUUGCGUAGUCAACGCAGUAGAGUUCUCGAGAGGAAAUUUAUUCCCUCAUCGCUGCUGCCCCCCCUCGCAACUACCAGAGUUUGCACUCCUCAAACAGUUUGUGACGAGGAUGAUAAAGAAAUCUGGUAUCUCUGUCUAUGGAAUCGCAGUUUCUCUGGUCUAUAUCGACCGCCUGAAGCGGGAGGAACUGCUUACAAACUAUAAGGAAGCAAUUUAUGAACGUUUGUUCAUAGGAGCUCUCAUCUUAGCGUUGAAACAUAUAUACCCUGGUGAUUCGACGACGAGUUGCGAUUGGGCAAAGGCGAGCCUAUUGUUCAACAGAGUGCAAGUUGAAGAAUUGGAGCUAGAGUUUAUCGGUGCAUUGGAUCGCAGACUUGACGUUGCGGGCUAUGAGCUCCUUCUGCAUCAGCUAGUGAUUUCCCAGAUCGUCAGCUCUCUGACCACCCCCAGAAUAUGCCCACUCCAUGACAAUUCGCGCCCGAUGAGAGCCAACUUCUGGUCACCUCAUCACUACAACACGACGAGUUCGCGCACGUUACCGGUGCUGCAAGGGUGUGCCGACAUCAAUAAACCUCUUCCCAAGACUCCCUGCCGAAAUUACUUCACCUCUUUGUUCCCGUUCAGUGGCGGCACAUCUUUUAAUUACGCCCAUUUCAUGCCUGUCCGUGCCCACUGAAUCCCGUCCUUAUUAUUAUAUCCUCGUUAUUUGAAUUAUGUUAGUCGAAGCUGUCAGUUGACAUUAUGUGUACUAGCUAGUGUUUGAAUCUGCGGCCGAUUUAUACAUCAAAGACCCACUAACUUGCUACUUGCAGUCCCUUCACAUGCACUAGUGAAUGCCCGUCGUGAGGUUCGAGGACCUGGCUGGAAAGUUUGCCGACGGAAGAUCACUGGCAGAGCUUAUUCGGGAGACGGACAACGACCCAUGCUUGCAGGGGGUGGUGGCACCAAGCUUGA